AUGACCAUGACGUUUUUCGACAUGCUCAAUGAGCGGGCAAAGUCGACGCUGCUCUGCAUUGGUUUGGACCCUCGCGCCAAGACGGCAGCCGCGGCGGCGGAGGAGUGCAUGCGCUUGAUUGACGCCACUGCGGAAUACGCCGCCGCGUACAAACCCAACGCCGCCUUUUUUGAAUUUUUUGGUGAGGAGGGUUGGAAGGCGCUGCGGCAGGUAAUUGCCCACGUCCCUGCCCACAUUCCCGUUGUGCUGGAUGCGAAGCGUGGCGACAUCGCUGACACGGCAGAGGCGUACGCCAAGUCCGCCUUUGAGCACCUCAAGGCUCAUGCCAUUACGGCGUCACCGUACAUGGGGGCGGACUCGCUCUCGCCAUUUCUGCAGUUUGCGUCGAAGGGGGUGUUCGUCCUCUGCAAGACCUCCAAUAAGGGUUCUAAUGAACUUCAGUGCCUCCGCGUGAAUGGCCGCCAUCUGUACGAAUCGGUUGCCGAGUGUGCAGAGACGGCGUGGAACCACAACAAUAACGUUGGUCUUGUUGUGGGGGCUACAGACCCGGUCGCUCUAGGCCGCGUGCGUGUGCGUGCCCCGACACUGUGGUUUCUCGUUCCUGGUAUUGGCGCCCAGGGCGGUGAUCUUAAGGCGGCACUCAACGCCGGUCUUCGUGCCGACGGCAGCGGUAUGCUUAUCAAUGUCUCUCGGGCGGUGGCACGUGCGAGGGAUCCACGCGCCGCGGCUCAGAAACUCUGCGAGAACAUCAACCGCAUUCGCUUUUGCAAGGACACCUCAACCGAUUUGGCGGUGACACUUGUGGCGUCGCGUUGCGUUCGGUUUGGGAGCUUCACCCUGAAGUCUGGCAAGAAGUCGCCGAUUUAUUUGGACCUGCGCCGCCUGGUGAGCCACCCGUCCAUUCUGCGCAUGGUGGCUCGCGAGUACGCCAAGGUGCUGCGGACGUUGCAGUUUGACCGUCUCGUCGGCCUGCCGUACGCGGCGCUCCCCAUCGCCACCGCCAUUGCCCUCGAGAUGGACAUUCCGCUGGUGUACCCCCGCCGCGAGGUGAAGGCGUACGGCACGAAGGCCGCAAUUGAGGGCGACUACAAGGAGGGCGACCGUGUGGUAGUCAUCGACGACCUCGUCACGACCGGGGAGACGAAGGUGGAGGCGAUUGAGAAGCUAAAGGCGGCUGGCCUAAAGAUUGUGUCGAUCGUGGUUCUUAUUGAUCGCGAGAUGGGGGCGAAGCAGUUUCUCGGGGGCCUCGGCUACGACCUUAAGGCGGUCGUCACGCUCUCGCAGCUGCUGCCGCUGUGGCGACAGUCAGGGGCGAUCACGCAGGCGCAGAUGAAGGAGGUUCAGUCGUUCAUGGUGGAGGUCGUCAGCAAACUUUGA